AUGGCGGUGGCGGUGGCGGUGGCGACGGGGGCGGGGUAUGACGCCGAGACACUCAGCGAUGACGGGGUGGAUGAGGAGGAGGACGGGGAGGGCUCAGAGGACUGCACGGGCAGCGGCAGCGGCAGCGGCAGUGGCAGCGGGGCCAGCGCGGCGGGCGGCGGCGGCGGCGCGGCGGGGCGCGGGCACGUGACGAACUACGCGCAGAAUGUGGACGGGCAGGUUUGGGAUCUGGAGAUGCUGCGCAGCUGUAUGGGUGGCGAGGCGUACGACCGCCUGUGGUCAAAGCUGGUCAGCAGCGCGGCGCGCGUGGUGGCGGCCACCCUGCCGGAGGUCCUUGCGGAGCAGGCCAAGCACAAGGCACCGCCAAACUCAUCGUUCGAGCUCCUGGGCCUGGACUACCUGGUGGACUCUCAGCAGCACCCCUGGCUGCUGGAGGUCAACGGCACACCCUCGCUGGCUGUUGAGCACAGCGACCCCAAGGUGGAAGCGCUCAUUCACACACAAAAGUCGGGGAUGGUGGUGGACAUGGUGUCCCUCCUCGGCUGCGCCACGCGCUUCGACGACCGCUACAAUCUGCUGCGCGCCGCCGUCGCCAAGGACCGCGCAGCUGCCCGGCAGCUGCGCGCCGAGCUGGCCGCUGCCGGCGGCGAGGAGUCCGCCAUGGCACUGGCGAGGCAGGAGCUGGGCGCGCGUGGCGGCUUUAUCCCGCUCGCGCCGCACUUCCCGGUGCGCGAAUCGUAUGACAGCGGGUAUUCGAUUCCCUGGGGGGCGCGGGACUACAAGCUGGCGUCUUGGAUGGAGGAAAACGCGGCGGAGUGGCAGCAGCAGGGGACCCCGCAGCAGCAGGCGGUGCAGCAGCAGCGCGGCCGGCUGCGCCGCAAGCAGGCCGGCGGCGGCGGGCGCGAGGGGGGCGCGGGCGGCGCGUUGGUUGGCGGCGCGGCGACCUUGGACAGCGGCCGGAGCAGCAGCAGCAGCGAGGCGAUCGUUGCGUCAGUCAGGGGCGGCGCGUGGCCUCUCGAGGUGGGGGAGCUGCGGUAG